ACCUGUAGAUUGUAAAGACAAGUAAUAAAGCUUUGUUUCCAAUAUUCGCUGCAAUAAUGAAAUAAAAAGAUUUUAGAUUUCAAAGAUAAAUUCAUUUAAAUUGAUGUUUUAUGAAACCACCAAUGGAGUAGAGUUUUAUUCAUUAACCACCAAGUAAGCAGCGAAAUUCAAUAUCAAGUUAUCUUCAUUGUAAUCGUAAUUGCCCUAAUUAUGUUCUGUUUAGCAGUAAUUAGUCUUGUUCAAAUGGCUUUCACCAUUUACAUUGAGACUGAUUACCAAUUCACCAGUAAAAUCAUUCACACAGAAGUGGUUAAUGUUUAUCAAGAUUAAAGAUGAUGACUUUGAGAUGGGAAUUUGGAUAAAGAUCAAGAUCAUUGUUGAAAUAUUUUUUGAUUUUCACUCAAAGUGAAUCUUGUGCUUCAAUGUAUACAUAACAUCAUAACCGAUGUCGACUCAACUCAUUUGUAACAAUAGUUUACUUCAUUUGUGAAUACAUUUUGAUGCACAGCAAUGGAGCAACCGCAGCUAAUAACAAAACCAUGUCGAUAUGAGCAGGUCUCGUUCCUGUCUAGGAUAACCUUUUGGUGGAACGCAACUACAUUGAGAAUAGGGUUGAAUCGUGAACCGACCAAAGAUGAUUUAUACAAAUGUCCAGAAGAGGACGAGGGUUACAAGUCUACAGUUCAAUUUGAAAGAAACUGGGAUCGAGAGAUAAAAGAUGGAAAAUUAAACAAAAGAAAACCAAGUUUGUUGAAGGCACUCAUCAAAACGUAUGGAAUAGAAACAAUUAUUUAUGGAAUUUUCUUGUCAAUUGAUGAUACAUUGAAUUUGGUUCAAACCUUUCUUCUUGGAUCAAUAGUUCGCUUCUUUUCUACCAACAAUUACAGAAAUGUCACAUGGAAUGAGUGCUUGUACUGUUCGAUUGGUCUGGUAUUAUCUCUAUUCUUAUACGGGUUUAUUCGCCACCAAAUUAUUAUGCGAACUCAGAGACAAGGUCUAAGAAUAAGAACUGCGUUAACGGCUGUAGUUUAUAAAAAGAUAUUGACUUUGAGUAAAGCGGCGACAACGAAAACUGAUGUUGGAUACAUUCUCAAUAUCGUCACGAAUGAUUUAUCCAGAUUCGAUGAGCUCAUGUUCUCGAUCAUUUACAUCGUACUAGGUCCAUUGAUGGGAAUAGCUGUACUCAUUUACAUGAUAAAUGUUUUGGGACUCGCGAGUCUCGGCUUAGUCAUUGUUUUGGUUUUUCUCAUUCCUUAUCAGGCAAUCACAGCAAAAUAUUCAGACAAGUUUAGAGCUCAAACAGCAAAGUUGACUGAUAAAAGAAUCAAAUUAAUGGAAGAAAUGAUUUCAGCAAUUAGGAUAAUCAAAAUGUUCACAUGGGAAAAGUCAUUUGCUGAUAUCAUUUCAGAGAUACGAAAAACAGAAAUGAGUAAAAUUCGAAACGCAGCAUUCCUUAAAUUGCUGAACAUUUCUGUUCAUGCAUCAGCACCUCGAAUCAUGGUUUUCGCUUGUUUGUUGUUCCAUGUUCUUCUGGGUCGACCCUUGGAUCCCGAACUGGCAUUCAUCACACUAUCUUUAUGUAAUGCCUUGAGACUUCCUGUUACUUAUCACAUUGGAAAUGCAACAGGAUUACUCUUCGAAACUCUUGUCUCAGUGAGAAGAACUCAGGAACUAUUACUGCUUGAAACUCGUAAAACACAAUCAUUAACCAGAAGUGAAAAUGAAAGUUUGAACAAAGGCUCAAUAUACGUUGAUAAAUUAAGUGCUAAGUGGGACAAGAAUUCAGAAAUAGUGAACUUGAAAAACCUUUCAUUCAAGUUAGAACCUGGAGAGUUACUGGUCAUUAUUGGAACGGUUGGUUCAGGAAAAACUUGUUUAGUUAUGUCUUUGCUCGAGGAGAUUGCUGUAGUUUCUGGUUCCUGCAAAGUCGUCGGAAGAAAAGCGUAUUCGCCUCAAGAGUCUUGGACAUUUGCUGGAACAAUAAGACAAAAUAUUCUCUUUGGAAGAGAAUAUUAUCAAUCAAAAUAUUCUAAAGUAAUUGAAAGUUGUUCCCUGAAGAAAGAUAUUGAAUCAUUUCCUUAUGGUGAGAACACAUUGGUUGGUGAAAAAGGUUAUACUCUUAGUGGUGGACAAAAGGCUAGAGUUACUCUUGCAAGAGCGGUUUAUGAAGAUGCUGAUGUCUAUAUAUUUGAUGAUCCUUUGAGUGCUGUUGAUCCUGGAGUUGCUGAACACUUAUUUGACAAAUGCAUUAAUGGUUAUUUGAAAGGAAAGACUCGUGUCUUAAUUACACAUCAACUUCAAUUCAUUCGUCGAGCAGAUAAAAUACUAAUCAUGAAUGAAGGUGAAUCAGUAGCUUUUGGAACUUUUGAACAACUAAAUAAUGUUGGAAUUGAUUUUAUAAAGUUUUUAAAAGAGCCAAAUGAUAGUGAAACAGAAAAUCAAAAACAAGAAGAAAUGCUUUCAAUCGAUGAACUGUAUUCUGAUGAAGCAACUAAACAGAAACCAAAGAUUCUCAAUCCAUUAAAAGUUACAAAUGAAGUCGAAGUUGCAAAAAUAAUCGAAGAACAAUUGGAAUCUCGAGAAGAAAAAGUAACUCUUGGUUCACUUGGAAGUCGAGUAUAUUUGGAUUACUUCAGAGCUGGUGGAAACUUAAUAUUCAUAACAAUCUUCAUAAUAAUGACUUUCCUCUCACAAGGAAUAAUUAACUUCACUGAUUGGUGGAUAUCGAAGUGGUCCGAUGAUUCACUUGAGUUAUCACAAUCGUACAAAAACUCAACAACAAACAGUGAUUUUGCAACUUAUUCAAGACCAUUCAUUACGAGAAAUGCAUACAUUUAUCUUGGACUAAUGGUUAGUUUGUUAGCUUCAGUGUUCAUAAGACUAGGAAUGAACUACCGAAUCUGUUUAAAAUCAUCAGAAACUUUACACAACCGCAUAUUUGCUAGACUACUGAAAACUCCUUUAGCCUUUUUCGAAACCAAUCCUGUUGGUCGUAUAUUGAAUCGAUUCACUCGUGAUAUGGGAAUUAUCGACGUCACAAUAGCCAACAACCUAGUUUUCAUGAACCUGAAUCUUCUACAAAUUGUUGGAGUAAUUAUAAUCACUGGAAUUGUUCUUCCAAUCAUCAUCAUUGUAGCUGUAUUAGUUGUAUGUCUAAUGUGGUUCGUUAGAAGAGUCUACCUACAAACAGCUCGAUUCAUUGUUAGACUUGAAGCUCAAACAAGAUCUCCAAUUUAUACACAAAUCGCGACAACUUAUGAAGGAUUGACUACAAUAAGAGCCUUUCAAUAUGAAGCUAAAUUCAUUAAGCAGUUAUAUCGUCUAAUAGAUGACAACAAUUCUUGCAAAUUCAUGUACUUCGGUGUUAGUCGUUUGAUUGGAAUGACACUUGAUUUAUCGAUGAUAGCCUUAUUGGCAACGAUGUUGAUAUCAGUUCUUUCAUUUCCUGAAAAAUUUCCGGGUGGAGAAGUUGGUCUUGUUAUAUCGACUCUUCUCUCUGUUUUCGGAUCCCUGCAGUAUGGGAUACGACUAACAGCCGAAUUCGAGACAAACAUGAUUUCCGUAGAAAGAGUUUUGGAAUACGGAAGACUUCCAUUGGAACCUUCAUGGGAUACGAUAAAAGCUGGCUUAUUACCAAAGACUUGGCCCAAUUUAGCUGACAUGGAAUUCAAAAAUGUUUAUCUAACGUAUCCUGGUUCCAUUAAACCCGUUCUCAAGAACUUAAACUUUACUGUUUCGAGUGGUGAGAAGAUUGGAAUUGUUGGUCGAACUGGAGCUGGUAAAAGUUCGUUGAUAUCAGUAUUAUUCAGAUUAACAGAGUUCGAUGGAAGUGUCAUCAUCGAUGGAAUCGAUAUCAAACAACUUGGACUUCAUGAUUUACGAAACAAGAUAUCGAUAAUUCCUCAAGAUCCAAUUCUCUUCACUGGAACAAUUCGAUCCAAUCUCGAUCCUUUAACCGAAUAUUCAGAUGACUUCAUCUGGUCGACCCUAAAGACCGUAAACUUGGCUCGAACCAUCGAGUGCAUGCCUGGUGGACUGGAUGCUAUUGUUACUCAAGGAGGAUCCAAUUUAAGUUUAGGUCAACGACAAUUGCUCUGUUUAAUUCGAGCUUUACUUCAACGAAAUAAAAUUAUGAUUCUUGAUGAAGCAACAUCCAAUAUGGAUCAUCAAACAGACACUUUAAUUCAAGAAACAAUCAGAGCAGAGUUCAAGGAUUGUACUGUUCUUACAGUUGCUCAUAGACUCAAUACGAUUAUUGAUAUGGAUAAGAUUCUCUUGAUUGAUGCUGGACAAGUGCUUGAAUAUGGAGAACCUUAUCUACUCUUGAAACAAGAAACUGGACAUUUCAAGUCAUUAGUAUCGAAAACUGGAUCUUCAUAUUCAAAUAUGCUAUACAAGAUAGCUGAAAAAUCAUACUUCAUGAAACAUCCUAAGGAAUAAUCCAUAGAACAAUUUACACACAAGUAAAUAUCCAUAGCUAUAACAAAAGAUACGAAAAAUUCAAUAAAAAUUGUAAUAAAUUUGCUAUCAAAAUUUUUUUCA